AUGCGGCCCUCGGCGGUGGCUGCCUCCCGCAGGCCCGAGAUGGGCGAGGUGCUGCCCCAGCACAGGUUCGACCUCGCGGCCCUGGAGGACUACCUGCACCGGCACCUGCCAGGCUUCGCUGCCCAGCCGGGGUCCGAGUUCUCCGUGGCCCAGUACAGAUUAGGACAGUCCAAUCCCACCUUUCAUCUGAAGAAGGGCACCCGGGCCUAUGUGCUCAGGAAGAAGCCACCAGGCGCACUGCUCCCGAAGGCGCACAAGAUUGACAGAGAAUUUAAGGUCCAGAAAGCCUUGUAUUCAGCUGGCUUUCCUGUCCCACAGCCUUUGCUGUACUGCAGCGAUGUCUCCGUUAUUGGGACAGAAUUUUAUGUCAUGGAACAUGUGCAGGGGAGAAUCUUCCGUGACUUCACACUUCCUGAACUUAGCCCAGCAGAGCGCACAGCCAUCUAUGUUGCCAUGAUGGAGACCCUGGCCCAGCUGCAUGCCCUGAGCGUGCGGUCACUACACCUGGAGGACUAUGGCCGAGGAGCUGGUUACUGCAAGAGGCAGGUCUCAACCUGGACCAAGCAGUACCAGGCCGCCGCUCAUCAGCACAUCCCCGCCAUGGAUCAGCUGUCUGACUGGCUAGCGAAAAACCUACCAGAGAAUGACAAGGAAGAGUGCUUGAUUCAUGGGGAUUUCAAACUGGAUAACAUGGUUUUUCACCCUAAAGAGGCUCGUGUGAUCGCCGUCCUGGACUGGGAGCUGUCCACCAUCGGUCACCCGCUGGCAGACGUGGCCCACCUCGCCCUCUUCUACUUUUGGCCCCGGACAGUUCCGUUGCUCGGUGAGGGUUCCCAUCUUACCGAUCGCAAAGGGCUGCCAUCAAUAGAAGAACUGGUUUCAAUAUAUUGCCACCGCCGGGAAAUUAAUUCUGUUUCUGACUGGAACUUUUUUAUGGCUCUUUCAUUUUUUAAAAUGGCUGGAAUAGCACAGGGCGUCUAUAGCAGAUACCUUCUGGGGAAUAACUCCUCUGAGAAUAGCUUUAUGUUUGCCGACAUUGUGCAGCCUCUGGCAGAAAGGGGAUUACAACUCUCAAAAAGAGCUCUCAGCACCUCACCUGCACCACUGGACACAUGUGGGCAGCUGUUUGUGCAGACGAGGACGGGGCAGGAAGUUCUGACGCGCGUGAAGGACUUCAUGGUGCGGCACGUCCUCCCUGCAGAGCAGGAGGUAAUUGAGUUCUAUGCUCAAAAUGACCACUCCAUGGAUAGGUGGGAAAAGCCUGCAGUGAUUGAUAAGCUCAGGGAAAUGGCUAAAGAAGAGGGUCUCUGGAACCUGUUUCUGUCAGACAUAAGUGGUCUCAGCCAGGUGGACUAUGCCUUGAUUGCUGAGGAGACCGGAAAGUGCUUUUUUGCUCCAGAUGUCUUUAACUGCCAAGCACCAGACACAGGGAACAUGGAGGUGCUGCAUCUGUACGGGAGUAAGGAGCAGAAGCAGCGGUGGCUCGAACCCCUUCUGCAAGGGAACAUCACCUCCGCCUUCUGCAUGACAGAGCCAGAUGUGGCUUCGAGUGAUGCCACCAACAUCGCGUGCAGCAUCCAGCGUGACGGCGACAGCUAUGUGAUUAAUGGCAAGAAGUGGUGGAGCAGCGGAGCUGGGAAUCCAAAGUGCAAAAUCGCAAUUGUUAUGGGGAAAACUGAGAACCCCUCUGCUUCCAGUCACAGAGAGCACAGUAUGGUUCUUGUUCCUUUGAAGACACCGGGAGUCCAGAUCGUGAGGCCCCUGUCAGUGUUUGGCUACAAAGAUUAUAUCCAUGGAGGGCAUUUUGAGAUCCAUUUCAAUCAAGUGCGAGUCCCUGCCACCAAUUUAAUACUGGGUGAAGGACGAGGCUUUGAAAUCGCUCAGGGCCGCCUGGGCCCCGGGCGCAUCCACCACUGCAUGAGGGUAGUGGGCAUGGCAGAGCGGGCGCUGCAGCUCCUGUGCGAGCGGGCAUCACACAGGGUGGCCUUCCGGAAGAAGCUGUACGAGCACGAGGUGGUGGCACACUGGAUUGCUGAAAGCCGCAUUGCCAUUGAACAGAUUCGACUGUUGACCUUGAAAGCUGCCCACAGCAUCGACACCGUGGGCAGCGCUCGGGCCAGGAAGGAGAUUGCGAUGAUCAAGGUGGCAGCCCCCCGAACUGCAUGCACGAUCGUUGACCGGGCCAUCCAGGUGUGCGGGGGUGCAGGCGUCUCACAGGACUACCCCCUGGCUAACAUGUACGCGCUGAUCCGCACGUUGCGCAUAGCAGACGGGCCCGAUGAGGUCCACCUCACAGCAGUGGCGAGAAUGGAGCUACAGGACCAAGCCAGGAGGCUGCAGGCCAGGAUGUAG